AUGAGUCUUCUUAUCGUUGUUACAAACACACUGACGCUUUUCUAUCUUCAAAAGGAAAUCAGGGCAAUUCGAAAAUCCAGUAAAUCAGAUUCGCAGCGACAAAUGGCCCACAUGAAAACCAAUAUCAGUUUCUACAUACAGGGAUGCAUCAUAGCCUUUGUCAUGAUAUUGACCCUAUUUUUAUCUCGAUCUCUUACCGAAGCAGCAUCCUCGAAGCUACAAUAUGUUAUAUUUUCAACUCUAAUCUGGGAUUUGGCUCAAUCGAGCAACGGGCAAGUCAUGGGGACCCCAAAAAAAAAAGAACGAGAUCAAUGGAAUUAUUUGCAGCAUUGUUCUUCUCGUAUUCAACAAGCCAUUGCGCUAUAUCUUUUCACGUUCCUCGCGAAACACUAUACAAGUUACGCAAACUCUUGGCUCCUAGGGUAUCUACAGAAUACCGAAAUCAACCAAUAUAACCUGCAGGAGUGCUGA